GAUUUCUCCAAAGUUGCGCGAGGCUAUUUUGUGUUUCCUGACAUUUGACUCCCAUCAAGGUCCUCACAAAGCCCCUCCUUCCCAAGAGCUCACAUUUUGCCAUAUUUCAGUCAUUUCUCAUACUUUUCUUGAAAUUAUUUACCUCAAUUUGAGUCAACAAGGUCAAUUUUGUCGUAAUACGCGGUAGGACCUUCUCUAUUGAGCACAAGACCAAGUCAAGUUACCUAAAUACCUCACUUUAUAAUGCCUCGCCCAACUCAUCCUCCCACCCCGGCUUCGUCAACAGAAAUCAAGGGGAAAGAUGGUUCAAAUUACUCUUCAUUACAGAUGUCAUUUGAACUUCCUCCUCCUGCUGUAGCAGGAGUGGAAUCUCGCCCAACCAGUUCCUCUACCCAAUCAUCAUCUGCCUCCUCAUAUCAACCCGCUUCCCCAAUCUCCCCGGCCAUUCCUGCUAGUGAAGCUGUUAAGCUUCGUCGAAGACCGGCUACACAAACCACUAAAAAAGACUCCUUCGCACUACCGCCUCCGCCUACUCGAUCCCGAAAGAUUAUACAAAUGAAACCUCGAGGGCAAAGUGAUGAGAUAAUGAGCAUGCCAGCAGAGAAUACGAAGUCGGGUGGGAAACCUACCUCAAAUACGCCCAAGAAGAAGCAACCCUCCUCAACAAGUGUGGCUGGCCGGAAGAUUGCAAGGAAAACUGCACACAGCUUGAUUGAGCGUCGUAGGAGAUCAAAGAUGAAUGAGGAAUUUGGUGUAUUGAAAGACAUGAUACCAGCUUGCACGGGAGAGAUGCAUAAGUUAGCAAUUUUGCAAGCAUCUAUCGAUUACGUGAGAUAUCUCGAAGAUUGUGUUUCCAAGCUGAAGGCCGAGAAUUCUCGAGGUAACUUCUCUACAAGCACCGGAGAAUUUACAUUACCGCCCUCAGCACAUCGCGGGAGCUACGAUCCAUCACGACAUGGAUAUUGCACACGUGAAUCAGAAGAAGAUAUAGAAAUGGGUGGCUCAGAAAAUUCCUCUACCAAUUAUCCCACACCUACACCCCCAUCUCAGCAAACAUCGCCAGCCAUGCUCCCGCAAGAUUCCCGUCACAGACAGGAUUCAUAUUCCUCGUACUCAGCAGAUUCUCGUCACUACAGCAUCAGUACCUCGUCGACCACAUCUCCAGCUCUAGACGCCUCAGUCUACGAUUAUGCUCGGAGUAUUGCUUCGGUGAGCUCGGCACUCACAAGUCCUGCUCUCAUACCGCAAAGAGAUCAAAGGGACAUCGAUGAGGAAGCGAGCGCGGCGUUAUUAAUGCUCAACUCGGAUCGUAGAGGGACGAGUUUUAGUGGAGUUCGAGGAAUGAGUGUUAAGGAUCUACUAAGUUCUUGAGCGACACGGGAUCGGGAUGGAUUAUCACUUCUAUUUCUUUUUGUCAAAGGGGAGUUCUGGAGAUGGAUGACAAUAGAUUAUUGAAUCUACAAGGCGGCUGGUUGGGUGUUUGAAAAUUCUAAUUUUUGGUUGGAGCUUGUGUUGGAAUAAAAUCAGGCAUUAUGUAUGUUGCUCUGAAAUUAGGGUUUCUGUCGGUUUUCAAUAGCAACGAAGAAAUGGCAUAAUGAAGCUUUGAAAUUGACUGGCA